AUGUGUGAAUCGAGGGCGCGCGGCAUGCCGUUGCAGUAUAUCUUGGGCGAUCAGCCGUUUGGGGAGUUGGAGAUAUUGUGUCGAAGGGGCGUGUUGAUUCCGAGAGCCGAUACAGAGGCAUAUACAUAUCAAGCGGCGAAACUUGUCAGGCAGAGAUUGCUACAGAAUCAGAGUCAGCACCAGAGUCAGGAACAGACGCCAGAUCCUUGCACUCCUCAACCCCAUGCUGCCAAGAACAUACUUCAGCAUGACUCCUCUGCAUCAUCAUCACCACCACCUAAUUCCACAUCCCUGUUCUCACCCUUCCACCCCAAACCCAUCCGCAUCCUCGAUCUCUGCACCGGAACAGGCUGCAUCGCCCUCCUUCUCCACGCUCUCCUAAAAACACCCAAACCGCCCCAUCCGCAGUCUCCAGCCCUUCAAAUUCUCGGCAUCGACCUGAGUCCCACGGCCGUCAGGCUCGCACGACGGAAUCUAGACCACAAUGUGCACGUCACCCGCGGUGUGGAUGCCUGCGCCAAAAGCGAAGUUCACUUUCGGAGGGGCGACGUUCUUAAGACUCAACGGUCGAGCGUUGGGGAAAAGCAUGAAGAUGAAGAUGCAGUUGGAGAGGUAGAUGUACCCAGCGUGGAACAAUUACUUUCGUACUUCGACCCAGAGGGGGAGGAGAUACAUCGCGCUCGUAACUCUGCUGCCGACGCCGAUGCCCAUGCCACCGACACAAAGACCUAUCCCCCGAAAAAACCUCCAGCUGGAAUCCAAACCAAAACUAAAGUCGCGAUCGAAAUCGACCUCCUCAUCUCCAACCCACCCUACAUAUCCCCAUCUGAUUUCCGCAACGGUACCACCGCACGAAGCGUCCGGCUUUUCGAGCCGCGUCUUGCACUAGUUCCGCCUGUGACCAUCCAGGAUGGUCGAUCUCCGCGUGAACCCCACAAGACACGUACGGAGCCGAGGGACUCGAAGUGUCACAGCAAUGGGUAUCCAUGUGCUCGCCCUCAUCCCAAUUCCCCUCCCCAUCUAAACCCAGAGGAUAUUUUCUACCGACGAAUCCUGCACCUCUCGCAGAAGGUCAAGGCCGGAAUCACAGUCUUGGAAUGCGGAGAUCGAAUGCAGGCUGAGCGGGUGGUGAGGAUGUUUCGACGUAUGAAUGCCAUGGGCAUGGACAUGGACGUGGACAUGAGCGAGGGUUCCUCGUCUCCGUCGUCGUCAACAUCACUCAGCAAUUCCGAAAACAACUCUCCCUCGCACGAAGUCGAGAAUCAACAACCGGACGAGCGUGAGCCUUUCACGGUAGAAAUCUGGCCAUCGACAGAUGACGAUCUCCGGGCGAAUGGGUUCCACCCGACAGACGGAUCGAGAUGUGUGAUUAUCCAGAGGAAAUAG